AUGACCCGAAACACCAUGGCGCCGAAACCCAUUGCAAACCCAAAUUUGCCAAAGCCGCCCUCUGGAAAGUAUCCCGCCAAAGAGCAUGCACGGCGAGUCGCGAAGUGGAUUGCUGAAAAUGGAGGGCCGACGAGUGGUGUUAUCUAUCUUGAAGGACAGAGUACGAAGAUGACGGAGGACAACGACCAAGCAACUCACUUCAGACAACGACGACACUUCUUCUACGUGACAGGCUGCGACCUCCCAGACUGUUUCUUCGCCUACGACAUUGUAUCAGACAAGUCAACGCUGUGGAUCCCACCCGUAGACCCAGAAUACGUUAUGUGGGCCGGCAUGCCACUCCUCCCCCAAGAAGCUCUCGACCGCUACGACAUCGACAACGUCCUCACCACCGACGAGCUCAAAUCCGGCCAAUCCCUCGUCAAAAUGCUCAAAAAGCAAAAAACCAUCGUCAUGGUCAUCGAAGACCGCGCGGACCUAGCAGUUUUCCAGUCCGAAGGUAUACUCACAUACCAACCCCAAAUCGACUACACCUGGGCGCGAAAAGCCAUCGAACGCUGCCGCGUCGUCAAAGACGCCCACGAAAUCGCCAUGAUCCGGCACGCCAACAUCGUCUCCUCCUACGCCCACGAGCAGGUCCUCGCAUCCGUGACCCGCGCCUCCAACGAGCGGGAACUCAACGCCGUCUUCGUCAUGCACUGCCACGCCAACGGCUGCCGAGAGCAAGCCUACGGCUGUAUCUGCGCCUCCGGAACGGCGGGUAGUACGUUGCACUACGUGCACAACGACCAGCCCCUCGAAGGCAAACUCAACAUCCUCCUCGACGCCGGCUGCGAAUGGAACUGCUACUGCGCGGAUAUCACCCGGACCUUCCCCAUCACCGCCGACGGCAAGUUCACGAAAGAAAGCAAGGAGAUCUACGACCUCGUCCUGUCCAUGCAAAGCGAAGCCAUGAAACUCAUCCGCGCUGGCGUGCAGUGGGAAGACUGCCACAUGAAAGCACACACCGUUGGAGCGACCGGUCUCAGGGACCUAGGCAUUUUCAAUAAGUCUUUGAGCGUGGAACAGAUCCUCGACUCGAAGAUCAUGACGAGGUUCUUCCCGCAUGGAUUGGGCCAUUACCUAGGUAUGGACACGCAUGACACGGGCGGAGACGCCAACUACGAAGACCCGAACCCUUACUUCGCUUACCUCCGCGUUCGCGGCAAGGUCCCUGCCGGGGCGGUGAUCACCAACGAGCCGGGAAUAUACUUCAGGAAGUUCCCUUUGGAAGCGGAGUUGAAGGAGGGAAAGUGGGACGGGAUCGUGGAUCAGGAGGUUUUGAGCCGGUACUGGGCGGUCGGAGGCGUGAGGAUCGAGGACGACAUCUGGGUCAAAGAGGAUGGGUACGAAAAUCUGACGACGGUCAAGAGCGAUUGGCAGAGUGUGCAGGCCAUGGUGAGCGGGUCAUCAUCGUAA